GUUUGAAAGGUCACGCGCACGGUUAACCAAUCAGAAGAUUUCUUUUAUAAACACGGUGGUCUUUCUUUGUGCGCCAUUUUACAAUCAUACAUCGAACACUCCAAAAAUUUGUUCUGCGCGUGGUUUUACUUAUCUCUCACAAUGUCUGAAGAUCAAUCUAAAAAGGAUGAUGUCAAGUCAGAGACUGAACACAUAAACUUGAAGGUGACUGGACAGGACGGAAGUGUGGUGCAUUUCAAAAUUAAGAGAAACACACCCUUGCGAAAACUGAUGUCUGCAUACUGUGAUCGAGCUGGGCUUAAAAUGGGUGUGGUACGAUUCAGAUUUGAUGGCAAUCCAAUUAAUGAAACAGACACACCACACGGGCUUGAUAUGGAAGAUGGUGACUCAAUAGACGUGUUUCAACAACAGACCGGUGGAUUAGUGCUAUCAUGAGCUCGGAACAGAUGGGUGGGCAAACAGUGGAUAACCAAACAAUAUUAACAAUAUGGAACAGUCAUACACAUUUUGGAUCAUGUCUGCGAGAGACAGAAUUAACACUUACGAAAAUAUUCUCCCUCAUUUUAAAUAGUUAUUUGGACAGUUUUUAUAACUCCGCAUAUUGCUGAUAACCUCACUUUUGUUGUAGGUCUAAAGUAUCUCACAAUUUGUAUGCAUUAAAAUCAGUGGACAGUGUUUCUUAAAAAGUUGUAAUUCACAUAUUUUAUCAUGAUUGUCCUUAUUUCUCUUUUUUUUUCCAUUUUUAUGCCUGUUGUAUAUAUUUUUGUUCUUUAAUACUGGCUUUUUCUGAAGAUAUGUUUUCACAUAAUUAUUUGAUCAGUUAACAACUUUUUGGGAUCAUUGCUCCAGCUAAGAUUUUAAAACGGCGGGUACGCUUAUGUCAAAAGAGCAUUUAGUGCAUAGUGUAAUAUCAUCACUUUGAGUUUGUCAUAUUUUGAAUAUAGCAUGCGUUGUUUAUAAAUUAACAGUUUUUAAGAUUUAAGAUUUUUAAGACAUUGUUUCUAGAUUGAAUAAAACUGUUUUCACUGUAAAAACACUCAGUUAAUUUAUUUCAACUUGAUUAAAUUAUGUGAUCAGAUAAAAUCAAUGGCAUUUUCAGGCUUGAAAGGGACCUUGGGACGGCUGGGUGCUGUGUUCUGUAGAAAAGCCUAGCUGGAGCAUUGUGUCAAAACCUUUGUUAAGCAAAACAUUCUACUUCAAAUUGUUUUUAUUUUAGGUUCUUAUUUGUUGACAAUUAAAAAAUGUUUCAGAAAGGCAACUGCUUGCUGGCAAGUUGAAUAGCCAGCUAAGCAAUAUUUUAUGUGUACACAUGUCUAUCAUCAUAAUGUCAUCUGAACCCAUUUUCAUUGUAGAUAAAGUAGAUGUUACAUUCUUGCAUUAAAUGUUUGUAAAAAUGUG